AUCAUGGACGAGUACCGCGACAAGGAGGAGUUCGAGUACCGGCGGACCAAGGAGCGGUUCGAGUCGCCGUCGACGGCGUGGCACCAGGACAAGCCCGACUUCGAAGAGCUCCGCGACGAGCCCUUCAUGUCGUUCGACGAGUUCGUGCGCUACCGCGAGCGCACCUCGGCCGCGCUCGGCCGCGCGUACGAGGCCAUGAUGCAGGAGCCCCGCGCCGUCGCCAUCGACCUCAAGGGCGACGUCAAGGCCGCCGUCGGAGGCGACAUCGAGUGGACCAGCCGCUCGGGCUACGAGCAAUGGGUCGUCCAGCUCUUCCACAAAGACAUGAUGGCGCGCUUCGGCGGCCUGGGUAUUGUCGAUGAGGGCCUGCUGCCGAAGAGGUUGAUGACCAUGCUGCGGCAGAGCCGCUUCCAGUGGCAGGGCUGA